GGCUCUGAGGAGGCCGGUGCGGCGGCCAUGAGGGCCCCGGACGACGAAGCGGCCUCUCCGGCCCCGGACGACGGCGCGGAGGAAGUGGCGGUCACGCAGGCCCCUGACGAUGACGGCGCGGACGGCGCGGCGGUCACGAGGGCUCCCGAGGGUGGCGCGGAGGACGCGGGGGCAGGCCCACAGGCCUCCGACGGAGGCACGGACGGCCACGACCCCCAGCUUAGCCCCCGAGGUCCCGGUUGCCAGGGCAACUGCAGCCGCCACGAUGGCGAGGGUGGCCCUGGCAGCAAGGGAGCAGUGGUCGAGGGGGCCUGCGCCCCUCCCCUGGCCGAACGGGCCCCGAGGGCCCUGGCCCCCGGUGGAGACGCAGCGCCGGUGGCGGCGGGGACCUCCUCAGGACUGCUGGAGUUCAGGCUCACUGUGUCUUUCCGGUCGCCCCUGGAGGCAGAGAUGGCCCGCAGGGCCCUGACUACACACGUCCAACGCCACCGAGGGUUGGCUCAGAAGGAGCUUUGCGUGAGGGGCAGCGCCCUGGCCGUGAGAUGGACUACUGAAGACCCCAUCUGCUUCCGAGUGUCCGUCAACUCCUUCCUGGACCGGCUUCCCCUGGUGAUACGAAACAUUCGCGCCUUGGGGUCCCGGCCUCCGCCACGCCUAGGCCCGGGAAAGGGGGCCGAGGCCUAACCUGGUAGCCCUCACUGGGCAAGGCACGGGGCGUUGACACUUGGCGUCCUCGCCACUUUAUUAUCGGGGGUCUAACGUUCUGCAGGUCCGGGCCUCGGUGGCUCUUGGCCCACUUCAGUUCCUUCCCUGCGCCCGGAGGGACGGGCGCUUACGUGUUUGUUACUGCACAACAUGAA